GUCUCUUCACUAUUCGCCAGCACCCAUUCCGAGCGCACGGUUCGACCAUGUCACUAGUCCGGUCGCUUUCUGGCCAUGGGUGAUGCGCCGUGAUGCGACUAGAACUAUUUAUUUCACACCCAAUUAUUACACUUCCUAAGUAAACGAUUAUUGCUACGUAGUGUGUUUUAUAGAUAACAGUGCUGUACAGUGAUUGUAAGUGAAAUAAAAAACCCGGAACAUUCCUUACCGUUUUCUUCUCCCUCAAACAAAGACGCACAGUGACGGUCAAGUGUAGCCGCAAGCGAUUAGUGAUUAUCAUGAGCAAACCAUGAAGCGGCAGCUAGUUCCUGUGAUAGCUGUGGUGCUGCUGGGGUCGCUCGCACUGCUAGCGACGGGACAGGAAGUAUGCCCCGAGCCGUGCAGUUGCGACUGCGAGGAAAGUAUGGCGUGCGUCGACUGUUCCGGGCGUGGCCUAACGGAGCUGCCCGUUUUUGCGGACUUUAAUAUCGAAAUUCUUGACCUAUCCGACAACCUGUUCACGACGAUACCGCCCGAGCUGGCCCAGUUCCCGCGGCUGCACUAUCUGGACCUUUCCGCGAAUGCUAUCACGCAACUACGCGAAGAUGCACUCACGGGAAUGUCUUCCCUUUCCAUACUGAUCCUGUCGGAGAAUAACAUCUCCAACUGGGCGGACAUACAUCCUAACCAGUUGCUGCUGCCGGCCGGCAAUCUGAAAGAGUUGCGCCUCGCCAAGAACCACUUCACCAGCUUCUCCAGCAACGACGAAAGCCUGGUACUGACGAGCCUCUCGCUGCGCUAUCUGGAUUUGAGUGAGUGCAAAAUUUCCAAAGUGUCCGGCAGCGAGGUCAUACAAGGCUUGCGCAGCCUGGAGCAUCUGAAGCUGUCCGGCAAUCCAAUCAUCUCGAUGUCCGACAUGCAAUCGACGACCCUGAAGCGGCUCGAGCUGAACAGCUGCAAGCUGUCCGCCCUACAGCCAACCAUUUUCACCGGCCUGACAGCACUGAAAGAAGUCAACCUGGCCCGCAAUCACCGGCUUUCCCUCGUGCUGCCCCACGAGGACACUCCCGUCCAGUCCGCAUCCUUGCGCAAAAUUAACCUCUCCCACUGCAACAUGGACACACUGGACCUGCACGGCUUCCCGAACCUCAUGACGGCGAUCGUGCGAGGUAACAUGGUGCGGCAGCUGGAUCGGGACUCCUUUUCCGGCACGUUGCUGCUCGAACAUCUCGACCUGUCCUUCAACUCCAUCUCGAGCAUCCACCCGGAAGCGUUCCGCACGCUCAAGCACCUCAAAACGCUCGAUCUUUCCUUCAACAUGAUAUCGCGCAUCGACGGCAAGCUGUUCAAAGCGAACGAUCUACUGACGCACAUCAACCUGAGCCGGAACUACAUCAGCCGCUUCAGCCGCAUCUCGGCCGACUCGCUCGUCUAUCUGAAUAUGAGCUGGUGCGAAAUACUCACCCUCGAUUGGGAUGCGCUCGCCUCGAUGGGCGAGCUGAUCGAGCUGGAUCUGUCGAACAAUCUGCUGUCCGACAUACCGGACACGCUGUCGUCCGGUACGCUGCAGACGCUCGAUCUUAGCAUGUGCCGGCUGUCGACGAUGCGCAAUACGACGCUUGCCGGGCUGCCGGAGCUGGUGCGCAUCAAUCUGUCUGGGAAUCGGUUCACGACCCCGUUUCGGGUGGAGUUUUUCGACAAAAAUCCAUUCCUGAGUGAGAUCUGGCUCGGUGACAAUCCGUGGCGGUGCGACUGUCGGAGCGAUGAGUUCUUUCAGUUUUUCCAGUUUCUCACCGAUCCACCAGGGAGGAUUGGUGAUCGUAAGAACCUGCAGUGCAACACGCCGGAAGACUUCUUCGGAGCGUCGUGGGAAGGUGCCUGCCGGUCGGUGUGGUAUCCGUACGAAACGAUCGGAAAUGCGGAGCGCAUCUGGACCUGGCUAAUGGUGGGUGUGUUGGCAUUCUUCGGUUUCUUCUGUCUCAUUUCGUCCAUCAAAAAGUUCAUCUCGUCGCGGCAGAAACUCGCCGCCGAACGGGAACGUGAACAAAACCUACAGGAACUAAGAGAAAUAGCUCGCGAUAAUCGUGUCCGACUGCAGCAGGACGCACCACAGAAUGCUCCCGAUGCUCGUGAAUCAAGACCGCCGUGCUACGAGGAUGCGCUACUGCUUCCGAAGCUCGAUGCAGCUUCGUUCGCCUCGCUGGACGAGCUGAUGCUGCGUGGCAAACGUCGCAAACGCCGGCGCAACCGUCGUGCCUCGGGCACGGAGGCAAAAGAUGACGAUGACAUCGAGGAGGAGGAGCGCAUCCAGUCACGCCAGCGAACGAGAACACGCAGCGAGGAUGUCCUAUCGCGACGGUUCGACGACUCUCCGGAACCAAGCAACGAACGCCCACCGGUACGAUCGAUCUACGAGCGGCCCUCUUCGAACCGUGUUGUGUCCCUAACGGAAGCACAGAUACACACGACAUCGCCCGCUACUACCGCCUCACCGGAACAGCGCGAUCGCGAAGAGGACGAAGAGAUGCACUACCAUUCGAUCGACAUCCUAAGCCUGAACCAUCAACCCUCCAACGCUAGCGAUCGAUCGCGAACCGGAACAGCACCGCCACCGCCACCACGGCUCAGCUCGACGGUGGCGCUUCCCAGCGACCAAAUCGAACAGUUCACCGGCAUCAGCCACAGCCCGUACGCUAAGCGCAAGGUAAAACCCCUACAGCACCUGAACCCGAACGGCAGCAUCGAGGAGAUUACGGACUUUGCCGACCGCCUGUCAAGCCCGUACGCGAAGAGGCGCGGUCCGCUAAUGUCCAGCUUUCGGGAUCCGGGGGGACGAAAGCUCCCACCCCUACCGGACAGACCACCACCACCAGUGCCAACGGUCGGACCGGCACGCCCGUCCGAGAUCAAUCUAGUCGAGAACUACUUCCAGCCGACGGAUCAGCAGCGCAUCAUCGACGAGCUGGACGAUUAUGCGGUUAUUCCGAUGCAGAGCGCGAUGCCAAAGGCAGACAGGGCUGAGAGCGAGCCACAACCGUCAACGUCGGGCAGGAUGAUGCCUCGCUCGGUCCCGGUGGACGAUGACGCACCGAUGAAUGCGAGUGAUUCUAGUGAAAGCAGCAGCGUUAGUAUAGAAAUUAUUGCACCAUUAGAGCUAAAGAAGUAGACAGUGUAGUGGAAUGAAAUCGAACCAGAUGUGUGGUAAUCAGUUGUUGUUACUGAUUGGAACAGUAUUUAAGUGAAUGUUGAAUAAAAUUUUUUUUCUAUCUUCA